AUCUGGACCGGGAUCUGACAAUAUGGACUGCUUUCCCCUGCACAAAACAAGGGCCAGUAAAGACCCCCUUUUCCUGACCGGAGUGACCUUCCCUUCGGAGUCUCCCGCUAACCCCGAGACACUGGUGAAGCUGACGGUGUAUGACGCAAAAGACAAGAGCCAGGAGUCUAGCUGCUUCCUGGGCACGGCCACAUUUUCCAUAGGCGACCUCCUGAGGGCAAAAGAUGAACGGCUAACCUUAAGUCUCAGGUCAUCCGAUGGUGAGUGUGCAGCGGGGACAGUGGUGGUGAGCCGUCUGAAAAUGGGGGAGAUGGAGGAGGUGGACGUGGACCACAUCACCACAGACACAUCCACUCAGAAGUGUCCUCUGGUCUGUGAAUCCGCCUCCCAUGUUUGUCUGGACAGAGAGACCAACCCACUGUCAGGACCCGUGUUCAAGAACCCGGUGUGUAAGGUGUACAGAUUCCAGACCACGGACAGUAAGUGGAUGCUGGUUCGAGAGCAGAUGGAGGAGUGCACGUUGUCUCUGAGCGUCCCCAAACAGCUCAUCAGCCUCUACAUUCAGGAAGACAUGGCCCGGGUACAGGACCUGAAGGAGCUGGGGGACCUCUCUCCUCACUGGGACAACCUGAGGAAAGAAGUGAUGAACCGCUAUGGAGGAGUCAUCAGCUCAUACCAGGAGACACUCACGGAGAUGGACAAGAUCACAGGUUCGUUCAAGCCAAGCUGCUGCAAAGCUCAGAAGUCACUGGAGUUCAUCCCGAUAAACCUGCACACACAGAGGAUGAGGGUGACGUGCCCCAGGAAAACAGACGCUAUCUAUGACAUCAUCACUGUUGGUGCUCCUGCCGCCCACUUCCAGGGCUUCAAGUGUGGAGGUCUUCAGCGCCUUCUCAGCAGAUAUGAAGCAGAGAAGAAAAGCUUCAGCACUGCCUACCAGUGUAUCUACUACUCCCCUGAGCACACGGCCAAAGCCCAGGAGGUCCUGAGCUCCAUGAGUCUGCUCCAGCCGCUCAUCACGGACCUGUCGGAGCAGCUGCUGCAGGCCGCACACCGACGCUCCUCCUCUGAGCUCCAGGGGGCGCUCAAGAACCUCUCAGACAAGACGGAGCAGUUUGUCCACACGCUGAAAGACGAGCUGGUGAAGAGCGCCCUCUUGGCUCUUCACGCCGCGCGACCCGCCCAAGUCCACCACGGCUCCGACCACAAUCAGAGCUCUCCCCAGACGCUUCGCACGGGCCACAGUCCGGCCGCGGAGAGCCCCAAAGUUUGUAAUAACGUGGACACAUCUCAAACCAGCACAACGGGAGAGGCUGGAACUGUGACCCCGAAACCCGACGCGAUUCCACAUCAUAAAGAGUACGACGAGGAGGAAUGGGACAGAGUGUGGGCCAGUGUAGCCAAAUGUCUCAACUGUGUGAUUGCCAUGGUGGACAAGCUCCAGGAAGAGGAGAAGAACAAGCAGGACUCGACCCCAGAGAAACAGCUCGCAGACGUCAUCACAUCACACAACCCUGGCGACUGGAGGGAGCAGCUGAGCCCAUUGGUCAGCCGCCUGCAGGACUGUGUGAAGGAGGUGGUGGACCAAGCCAAAAGAGCCAUGACUUUUGUUCUUCUACAGGAAGCAGCUUGCAGCGUUCCACAGGGUUUCCUCCUCCAAACGCGCAGGGAUGUGGUCUUCAGUCAGGCGCUGGCCGCUCUGGUAUGUGGUUUUGUCAUGAAGCUGUACGCAGCAGCUCAGGACAAAGGCUUCCUGCAGCAGCUGGAGCUCGUCGGACUCGUGGCCCAGUUUGAGAGUCUCCUCAGCACCUACAGUGAGGAGAUCGGGAUGCUCGAGGACAUGGAAGUGGGAAUAUCAGAUUUACGGAAAGUCGUCUUCAAGAUCACCCAGGCCAAGUCUGAAGAGCUGAGUGAUCUGCAGCCCUACGUGUGUGGCAGACGAGACCACUUUACCGUAGAAGUGCCGUUACCGUGCCAGCUGUUCCAGACGCUGCCAGAGGAGCUGAGAGACGGCAGGCCUGUACAGGUUUACCCGCUGCUGUUCAACGUGGGCAUCAAUGAACAACAGACGAUAGCAGAGAGAUUUGGAGACAUCUCUUUGCAAGAACGAAUAAACCAGAAGAACUUUGAGAUUUUAGAAGCCUAUUAUAAAUUAUUAAGCGAUACGGUGCCGUUAGAAUGUCUACCAUGUUUUCAGACCCACAGAGAUAUAAAGGAACUACUUGAAAGCCUGGGCCAGAAUGUAGUGACGAAGAAGAGGAAGAAUGUGGAGAUCCUCUGGCUGGCAGGAGCGAUCUGCCGGAGGUUGAAUGGCAUCAGGUUUACCAGCUGUAAAAGUGCCAAAGAUCGGACGUCCAUGUCUGUGACUCUAGAGCAGUGUGCCAUACUGCGAGACGAACACCAGCUCAACAAGGACUUUUUCACCCCGGCCCUCAACUGUAUGCGAAGAGAAGGAUGUCGGAUGGAGAAUGUCCAAAAGAACAUCCGGGGUCGGAAAUACGCCUUUAACAUUCUGCAGCUCAUGGCCUUCCCCAAAAUCUACAGACCUCCAGAGGGCACCUACGGCAAAGUGGACUCCUAAAACUUCUGCUGAUGUAUAUACUGUAGGUGCUUUUCAGAUUGUAAAACGCCAUGCUCUCAGAUGGAAGGCAAGGGCCAGUUUAUCUUUUGAUUUCAUUGUACUUCGCCAUGAAAUAUUCAAAAGGUAAAUUCGCAAAUGUUGAAGCUGAUCAUUUCUCGCUGUAUUACAACACAAAUCUGCAUUUUAACUGUAUUUAUUUUAGCUGACCCACAUCUGCGUUAAAAUACAGGACUACAGAACGCUUUUAUGUCAUUCCAGUCAUCAUGCUGGUGGUUUUCUACAUGUAUGUCUAUGGCGGAAUAUUCAGGAGUUUCCAUGUUGACACACAUUACACAAAAGCACUGCCGAAAAAGUUUUAAAAUAGUCUGAAAACUCACUGCGACACAUUUUCAGGAGCUCGUGAUCAAUAUGAGCGUUCGUGGUCCUGUUUCGGUGAGAGACUCACUGAAAAACUGUUUAUCAGCCCAACUGUUGUAGUCAGCAAAGUUCUUUUUGGUCAGAUUAUGUUAAAAUAAAGCUCAGAUCAAUCUAACGAAGCCGACAGAGCAGUGCCUACAGUUAGCAUCACACCCCCAGGGAAAGUUGGUAAAGUAUCAGUAUUCAGUCACUUUGAAUAAUGGCCUUUAUUUGUCCAUUUCUUCACAAUUUCUACAUUCGGGUGGUCCAAAACCUUUUUUUUUCUCCAGAUCAGAGGUUCCCCAAACUUUUUUUUGUGGGGACCCAUAUUUUAAAAGCCCCAAACCUUCACGACCCAAGUCAAUAGACAUUAUUUAUAAUUAUUGAACAUUAAUGAGGAUAUUUUAUUGUUGACUGAGUGACUUGUGUCUCUACAAUUAGUAUUUUUCAAGUUUUAAACAUUGAAAAACAGUAAUUGAAGCAGCAAUAAAAGGAUCCAUAAGUCGCCUAUUUGGACAUUACGUGUAGCCCGCUUUUUCUUUUUCAAUUGAACCAGCAAUAUAGGAACAAAAUAGUCAAUAAAAUAAUUACAAAAAGAUUAGAAAUUAUGCAAAACAUGCCUUAACAUGUCAACAUUUCUAAUGAGAUAGGUGGACCUGUCUGUGCUUUUGUAGCGUUUUCCAGUCCGGGUGCAGGAGGAGCGCGCAGCAGCAGAUCAGGCGCAGCGUUCGGUCUGUUUCUGAGCUUUGUCUUCUUUUUUGUGAGCACAGAAAAUCCCAGUUCACACAUACAAUACAUAUAGUAGUGAAAGGAAUAAGCGUAGAAACACUGGCCCUACUGAGGACAGGAUAUUCUGACAAAAUGCUGAUCCAGAACGACGAUAAGGUCACAGAUCCAUAUCGCCUUUGCAAAGUGCGAUCAUUUGUCAGAACUGAAUAUCGCAGACCGACAGGCAGAUCAUGACAAGGCGACUCAGUCUUUGGGAAACAAUGCUCUAGAAGAACCCUACAUUUGGUUCCAUAUCUGGCCAAAAUGUUUGGGUCAAAAUUUUAUGCAAAGUAAAAUUGAAAAUUGCCCUAUACUAUAACAGAACCAAAUAAAUAAGGCAUUUUCGAAUCAUUUGUCAUUUUAUUCUGCAAACACAAACUGAAACUUGCAUAAAAAUGACUUCCAUAAAAGGCCAUAAAUGUUGCUUAGAAAUUCAUAAAGUCCAUAAAAAGUUAGUCAAUUUCCAGGAAACAUCAACCUCUAAAACAGGGGUCUCCAACCUUUUUCCUCUGGUGAGUUUCCUUUACAAACAAAAAUGUCAGAGAGCUUCUAAUGUUAGUGGUCGUAAGAAACUGAGACAGUAGAAGAGCCAUGGCGAGCCUUUAAUGGGGUACAGUUAGAUGCCUAUAAUAUAAUCAUUCAUAAACAUUAUCCGUUUAUUAGAGCACAAAUUUGUUUAAUUUAGUAUAAUUUAGUUAUUAAGCACAAUACAUAUAUAUCAGAAAUCCCUUGACGAGCUACAGAUUGAAGACCCCUGCUCUAAAACUAGGGUGGGCAAACUUUUUGACUCGUGGGCCACAAAGGGUUCUAAAAUCUCCAAACCAGGAGCAGAUGGUUGGAGGUUUUUGGUAAUCCACCUCAUAAGAGAAAAAAAUAAAUAAAUGUUUCAUAAUUGAAAAUCAUUACAAAGCAUUACAACAAAAUAUCGCUCUUUCAAGUUCCACGGUAUUUACUAUUUAUUGACUUUUAAAACGCUUUAAAUUAUUAUUAUUAUUCAAUUUCGGCGGGGCAUAAUAAAAAGAUUAAAGGGUCCCCGGGCCGUAGUUUGCCCACCUCUGCUCUAAAACAUCUCCUUUUUCUUCCAAAUGUCUUCCUAAAUCAUCUAAAAACUAAUGCAGGGUUCUAAUCGAGGUUAUCUGAAACUUUAUUUUUCACCACGCUUUGAUGGACCACACUAAUGUUCAUGUUUGUACAAAAGAAUCGAAACUGGACCUGUCCCCCAUCUGUGCUUUACAAACACACAACACACAUUUGGAAGUCUACAUGGAUCGGACCGGGAGACAGGGAGCAGAUCGGAAUAAACAUUGCUGCAUAACAUGAGGAGAGACGGAGGAGGAAAAAAGAGAGAACAAUCCCAGACCAUGCUCCAAUAUCAGUGCAUAGUAUGGGGGAGCGCACAAAAAAACAACACCUCGCACAUCAGUGCAGUCAAAACACAGGACGAACAUUUCACAGGACUAGCAACAGUUUAGAAAAGGGGUGUGGUGUUAACCCGAAGUAGGCAGCAGCCAUUCGGAUCCGCAAAAAUCCAAUCGUGAUCUCAUCCUUGUGACAGUUUUGGUCGUGUGGUGAUUCAUUAUGUCUCCAUUUAAAGGCGCUCUACCUGAUUUUUUUACUGAAAAACAAAUCUAGUUCCUUCAAAAUGGUUUGCGGUGGGCCAAAGUUGUUCCUCACUUACCUUAUCAUUCCGAGUGUCCUAAUUAUUCAGCUUGAUGAGUUUAUAAGCGCUUUCCACAACUCUCACAGACCAAUGCGGAGUUUUGCCGUGACGGUAAAGCCAGCGACAACUAGCAUGCUGAUCUGCACUUUCUGAUUGUUGGGCAAUGACAUGCUUUUGAAUUGGAUGCAGACGGGACGCUGCGAGCUUGGUAAAAAAUCUGGUACAGGCCCUUUAACGCAGCUUAAAUAGAGACACGUUUUACGACCUAUUUCUCCUACUGGUGAGUUUCCGGAAGGCUGUGAGUGAGUGACAGGUGGGCUCAGCCAAUCACAGUGACGUGUGAUCUCUCAGGAGAAGCAGGUGACUUUAUUUAGCUCCUUAAAGAGGGGUAUUAUGCAAAAUGGAUUAAAAAGUUUGAUCUCAUCCAUGCAUGUUUCGGAUUUCUCCUUAAGUUUAGCUGUAAGAUUCUGUGCAGCGCUUCGCCCACAAGCCUACAUCACCCACGCUCCCUCACGACCCCAUCAAACGCAAACCUACACAAAAACUAUGUCAGUUGUUUGUGCCGUUUUGUGCUGCAAAAAGUUUUGUUUGUGUUGCUUUACUUUCUGAUAUACUAACGAUUGUUUU